AUGUUAGGGCCAUUCACGAGGCCACCAUUCACUUGUUGGAGAACCAGCCCAAUAGGCGUGGCACGGGGCAAAUACAACAAUAAAGCACGUUUGAUUAUUGAUUUGUCAGCACCUCAUUCAAGCACCACACCAAGCCUAAACUCACUCAUACCUUCAUCCGAGUUUUCAUUACAGUACGCCACAGUCGAUAAUGCGAUACAGGCCAUUCUGGGAGCAGGAAGGGCAGCGUGGCUAAGUAAAACUGACAUUUCUAAUGCAUUUAAACUGCUCCCUCUGCACCCCUCUCUAUGGCAUUUGCAUGGAGUUUGGUGGAAGGGAUUAUACUAUUUCGCUAACCGACUGACAUUUGGGGCUAAAAGUAGCCCCAAAUUAUUUGACGUUUUUGCAGAGACACUGUGUUGGCUACUGCUGAAUAUCUGCUGUUGUCCAGUGGUGAUACACUAUCUGGACGACUUCCUUACAGUAGAGAAACAAGACACGAUACCACACAGCAUUAACAAGACGGUGGCAUUAUUCAAGACAUUAGGCGUACCCGUGGCCGAGAACAAGACCGUGGGUCCCACCACCAAGUUAACCUUCCUAGGUGUUGAUUUAGAUUCAGCAGCCAUGCAAGCCAGCCUGCCAGCAGACAAGGUUCAGAGAAUCCGGGUAGAGAUCGGGUCAUUUCUCGAUAACGGCACAACAUCGAGGAAGGAUCUUCAGUCACUCCUGGGUUCUCUGAACUUCGCCAUGAGAAUAAUACCACAGGGACGAGCCUUCAUAUCACGUCUCCUCAGGUUAUUACCCGAUUUACCCAACGAUGACAGCAGGGUUACACUGGACAGUCAGGCUAGGGCAGAUCUGACCAUGUGGCACCAUUUCCUGUCAGACUGGAAUGGGAGGAAUUUGUUCAUCCCACCUCUAACAUUAGAGUCCCCAGUGUUAUGGACAGAUGCCGCAGGUCAAACAGGGUUCGCAGCCAUCUUCGAGAAUAGAUGGUUAAGGGAUGCUUGGCCUAGCGAAGCAAUAGGCUUACCCGCAUUUACUAAAACUUCGGCACUUUUUGAAAUCUACCCCAUAGUGGCAGCAGCAAAAGUCUGGGGCUACUUAUGGGGUGGUAAAGCUGUCAAAUGUUACUCCGACAAUACAGCGGCUUGCGAGAUUCUGAACAAAGGCAGGUCUUCAUCACUGAUCAUCAUGAGCCUGGUCAGGAGACUUACAUGGUUGGCAGCCACACACAAUUUUUUCCUGACUUGCAUACACAUACCAGGUCACCAAAAUACAGCAGCUGACGCACUAUCCCGUUCAAAAUUGCAGGUCUUCAGACAACUACACCCAACAGCGGAGGUUUGGCCAAGCAAGGCACCGCAGUUCAGAGACCUCAUCCUGGACUAA